CACAGGGACAUCACCCUACAGCAGUUCAGGCUGUGGUUUGCAGGAAGCAUACAUUGGCUUUUUGAUUCGUGCUAGUUCCCAGCUCAGUUUGGGAGGCUCUAACGCCAGACUUCACGUGAAGGGGGAACCAAGGUCGGUGAGGAGCUGGGUGGUCCCAGCCCUGGAGCCCUGCCAGCCUGACAUGGGAAUCUUCCUGACCCGCAGGGCCCUGCAGAUGUCGCUGGGAAAGUGGUGAUCCAGGCACGACCAGGCUGCCCCCACAGGACAGAGAAAUGGAGGCCAACGACCAUUUUAACUUUACUGGCCUUCCCCCUGCACCUGCUGCCUCAGGACUGAAACCCUCUCCCUCCUCAGGGGAGGGCCUCUACACUAACGGGUCUCCCAUGAACUUCCCCCAGCAAGGGAAAAGUUUGAAUGGGGAUGUGAAUGUUAAUGGCUUAUCUACUGUAUCUCACACUACUACUUCAGGGAUUUUGAACUCUGCUCCCCACUCCUCUAGCACCUCACACCUCCAUCACCCCAACGUGGCCUACGACUGUCUCUGGAACUACUCACAGUACCCAUCUGCCAAUUCUGGCAGCAACCUCAAGGACCCACCCCUUCUCUCCCAAUUCUCGGGGGGACAGUACCCACUCAACGGCAUCCUUGGGGGCAGCCGGCAACCUUCAUCCCCAAGUCACAACACUAACCUUCGGGCUGGGAGCCAAGAGUUCUGGGCCAACGGUACCCAGAGUCCCAUGGGGCUCAACUUUGACUCACAGGAACUGUAUGAUUCCUUUCCUGACCAGAAUUUUGAGGUGAUGCCCAACGGACCCCCUAGUUUUUUCACCUCCCCACAGACUUCUCCCAUGUUGGGCUCCAGCAUCCAGACUUUUGCACCCUCCCAGGAAGUAGGGCGUGGUAUCCACCCUGAUGAGGAGGCAGAAAAGGAGCUGACUUCAGUCGUGGCAGAGAAUGGCACUGGCUUGGUAGGCAGCCUGGAGCUGGAAGAAGAGCAGCCAGAACUAAAGAUGUGUGGCUACAAUGGCUCCAUCCCUUCUGUGGAAUCAUUACACCAGGAAGUCUCAGUCUUGGUCCCUGACCCCACAGUGAGCUGCUUAGAUGAUCCUUCACAUCUUCCUGAUCAACUGGAAGACACUCCAAUCCUCAGUGAAGUCUCUCUGGAGCCCUUUAACACCCUGGCACCAGAGCCUGUAAGUGGAGAACUCUAUGGUAUAGAUGACACAGAGCUGAUGGAUGCAGAGGACAAGCUGCCUCUUGAGGACAGCCCUGUGAUCUCUGCCCUUGAUUGUCCUUCCCUCAACAAUGCCACUGCCUUCAGUCUCCUGGCAGAUGACAGUCAGACUUCAGCCUCUAUUUUUGCUAGCCCCACCUCUCCACCCGUUCUUGGAGAGUCUGUGCUGCAAGAUAACAGCUUUGACCUGAAUAAUGGUAGUGAUGCAGAACAGGAAGAAAUGGAGACUCAGACUUCAGACUUCCCACCACCUCUGACCCAGCCAGCCCCUGACCAGUCAUCCACUGUUCAGCUACAUCCAGUGGCCUCACCAGCAGUUUCACCAACAGCCUCCCCAGCAAUUUCCCUGGCAGUUUCUCCAGCAGCCUCCCCAGAAGUCUCUGCAGAAGUCUCCCCAGCAGUUUCUCCAGCAGCCUCCCCCGAAAUCUCCCCAGCAGCCUUCCCAACAGUCUCUCCAGCUUCCUCACCAGCCCUUCCACCAACUUCCUCAGAAGUUUCCUUGUCGGCCUCCCUGGUUACCUCCCCAAAAGCAUCUACUACAGCUUCUCCUGCAGCUGUCUUCCCAGCAGCCUCCCAAGCAAAUAAGGAUGUCAGCAGCUUCCCUGAAACCCCUGCUGACCUGGAAGAGAUCACUGGAGAAGGAGUCACUGCUGCUGGUAGUGAUGUUCUAAGGAGACGGAUUGCUACCCCAGAAGAAGUUCGUCUGCCCCUCCAACAUGGGUGGCGGAGAGAGGUGCGCAUCAAGAAGGGCAGCCACCGAUGGCAAGGGGAGACCUGGUAUUAUGGACCCUGUGGAAAGAGGAUGAAACAGUUCCCAGAAGUGAUUAAGUACCUGAACCGCAAUGUGGUGCACAGUGUCCGCCGUGAGCACUUCAGCUUCAGUCCCCGUGUGCCUGUUGGAGAUUUCUUUGAAGAGAGAGAUACACCAGAGGGCUUGCAGUGGAUAAAACUGUCAGCAGAGGAGAUCCCAUCCAGGAUUCAGGCAAUUACUGGAAAACGGGGCCGACCUCGAAACACUGAGAAGACCAAGAUCAAGGAAGUUCCCAAGGUGAAACGGGGUCGAGGUCGGCCACCCAAGGUCAAAAUCACUGAGCUCUUGAAUAAGACAGACAACCGCCUCCUGAAGAAACUGGAGGCCCAAGAAACACUGAAUGAGGAGGAUAAAUCAAAGAUGAGUAAAAUCAAGAAGAAGAUGAAGCAGAAGAUACAACGUGGAGAGUGUCAGACUGCUAUCCAAGGGCAGGCCAGAAACAAGAGGAAGCAAGAGACCAAGAACUUAAAGCAGAAGGAAACUAAGAAGAAAUCCAAGGCUGAGAAGGUAAAGACAAAACAGGAAAAACUGAAGGAAAAGGUCAAGAAGGAGAAGAAGGAGAAGGUAAAAAUGAAGGAAAAAGAGGAGAUGGCCAAAACCAAGCCAGCUUCUAAAGCAGAUAAAACACUGACCAUGCAGAGGUGCUUGGAGGAGCGGCAGAGGCAGCAGAUGAUCUUGGAGGAGAUGAAGAAGCCAACAGAGGAUAUGUGCCUGACUGACCACCAGCCGCUGCCUGACUUCUCACGCAUCCCUGGGCUGUUCCUGCCUAGUGAGGCCUUCUCAGACUGCUUGACCAUUGUGGAGUUCCUACACAGUUUCGGCAAGGUGCUGGGCCUUGACCCUGCCAAAGAUGUACCUAGCUUAGGAGUCCUGCAAGAGGGACUCCUGUGUCAAGGCGACAGUGUGGGCGAGGUGCAAGAUCUGCUGGUUCGGCUCCUGAAGGCUGCACUCUAUGACCCUGGCUUGCCCUCCUACUGUCAGUCCUUAAAGAUCUUGGGGGAAAAGGUGUCGGAGAUCCCACUGACAAGAGACAACGUGUCUGAGAUCCUGCGCUGUUUCCUCAUGGCAUACGGAGUGGAGCCAGUCCUCUGUGACAGCCUGCGCACCCAGCCUUUUCAGGCUCAGCCACCACAACAGAAAGCUGCUGUCCUUGCCUUCCUUGUGCAUGAGCUCAAUGGCUCUACCCUCAUUAUCAAUGAGAUUGACAAGACCCUGGAGAGUAUGUCCAGCUACAGGAAAAACAAGUGGAUUGUUGAAGGCCGGCUGCGGAGACUGAAAACUGCACUAGCCAAGCGAACAGGGAGGACUGAGGCAGAAAUGCAGGGGCCAGAGGAAGGCCUGGGGCGGAGGCGCAGCUCUCGGAUCAUGGAGGAGACUAGUGGCAUGGAAGAAGAAGAGGAGGAGGAGAGUACAGCAGCUGUCCAUGGCCGUAGGGGUCGGAGAGAUGGAGAGAUUGACAUCACAGCAUCUAGCAUCCCAGAGCUAGAACGCCAGAUAGAAAAGCUCAGCAAGCGUCAGCUCUUCUUUCGCAGAAAGCUGCUUCACUCAUCCCAGAUGCUUCGGGCAUUCUCCUUGGGUCAGGACCGCUACAGACGCCGCUACUGGGUGUUACCCUAUUUGGCUGGUAUCUUUGUGGAAGGAACAGAGGGGUGCUUAGUUCCUGAGGAUAUGAUAAAGCAGGAAACUGACUCCUUGAAAGUGGCAGCCCAUUCAGCACCCAGCCCAAACUCCUUUUCUCUGAAGAGGGAAUUAACUGGCUCCAGCACCUCUGCCAGUUCUCCUGCCCGGGCCCGAGGCCGACCUCGGAAAACUAAGCCUGGGUCUGUGCAACCUAGGCACCUUAAAUCCCCUGCCAGGGGUCAGGGUUCGGAAGAGCCCCAAGCCCAGCUUCAGCCCGAUAGUCAGUCGCACCCUCAGCCUCAGGCUUAUGCCCAGCCCCAGCUUCAGUCCCAUCCUCCAACCCAUAAUGGAUUCCUGGAGCCAGAAGGCUCUUUUUUGUCUCUGGGUCAGAGCCAGCAUGACCUCAGCCAGUCAGCCUUCCUGUCUUGGCUGAGCCAGACUCAGAGCCACGGCUCUCUGCUGAGCAGCUCAGUCCUCACACCUGAUAGCAGCCCUGGAAAACUGGAUCUGACCUCAUCACAGCCCCCGGAGGAGCCAGAGCCUGAAGAGGCAGUAUCCAACCCUGAUUCUCAAGCCCCCUGGUUUAACUUCUCAGCCCAGAUGCCCUGCAAUGCUGCCCCUACACCACCCCCUGCAGUUUCUGAGGACCAGCCCACUCCUUCCCCUCAGCUACCUAUCUCCUCCAAACCAGUGAAUAGACCCAGUGCUGCCAACUCCUGUUCUCCAGUGCAGCUCUCUUCCACUCCCUUGCCUGGGGUGGCUCUUAAGAGGCGAGCAGGAGACCCUGGUGAAACUACACAGAGUCCCACAGGGCUGGGGCAGCCAAAACGUAGAGGGAGACCCCCGAGUAAAUUCUUCAAACAGAUGGAGCAGCGUUAUCUAAACCAGCUGACAGCCCAGCCUGUUCCUCCUGAGAUGUGCUCGGGCUGGUGGUGGAUCCGAGAUCCUGAGACAUUGGAUGCCAUGCUCAAGGCCCUGCACCCCCGAGGCAUCCGAGAGAAGGCACUUCACAAACACCUAAAUAAGCACAGGGACUUCUUAAAGGAAGUCUGCCUGCGGCCCUCAACUGACUCCAUCUUUGAGCCCAGUCAGUUACUUGCUUUUCAAGAAGGAAUUAUGAGCUGGUCUCCCAAAGAGAAGACAUAUGAGACAGACUUGGCUGUGCUUCAGUGGGUAGAGGAGCUGGAACAGCGGGUUAUCCUGUCCGAUCUGCAGAUCCGGGGCUGGACGUGUCCUAGCCCAGACUCUAUUCGUGAAGACUUGGCCUACUGUGAGCAUCUACCUGACCCCCAGGAGGAUAUCACCUGGAGAGGUCGAGGCAGGGAAGGACUGGCCCCCCAGCGUAAAACUACCAACCCUCUGGACUUGGCUGUGAUGCGACUGGCUGCCCUGGAGCAGAAUGUGGAGCGGCGGUACCUGCGGGAGCCCCUCUGGCCAGCUCAUGAAGUUGUGUUAGAGAAGGCCCUGCUCAGCACGCCCAGUGCCGCCCCCCAGUGCACCACUACAGAGAUAUCAUAUGAGAUCACCCCUCGUAUGCGCACCUGGCGCCAGACACUUGAGAGGUGCAGGAGUGCAGCCCAGGUAUGCUUGUGCCUGGGUCAACUGGAGAGGUCCAUUGCCUGGGAGAAGUCCGUCAACAAAGUGGUAAGAGACUGGGGAGCCAGCCAGCCCAGGUGGGUGGGGUCACUGGCAGAGGGCUCACCUUGCCUCCUCACAACCUUGCUCCAGACCUGUCUAGUCUGCCGGAAAGGUGACAACGAUGAAUUUCUUCUGCUUUGUGAUGGGUGUGACCGUGGCUGCCACAUAUACUGCCAUAGGCCCAAAAUGGAAGCUGUUCCAGAGGGAGAUUGGUUCUGUGCUGUCUGUUUGGCCCAGCAGGUAGAGGGAGAAUUCUCUCAGAAGCCUGGUUUCCCAAAACGAGGCCAGAAGCGGAAAAGUAGUUAUGUGCUGAACUUCCCAGAGAGUGAGGGCCGCCCACGCCGGGUACUGUCAAGGGGCCGAGAAAGCCCAGCAGUGCCUCGGUACUUGGAAGAAGGGCUGUCUCCCUCGAAGCGGCGGCGACUCUCCAUGAGGAACCAUCAUAAUGAUCUCACAUUUUGCGAGAUUAUCUUGAUGGAGAUGGAGUCCCAUGAUGCAGCUUGGCCUUUUCUGGAGCCCGUGAACCCACGUUUAGUGAGUGGGUAUCGACGCAUUAUCAAAAACCCUAUGGACUUUUCCACCAUGCGGGAGCGGCUGCUCCGGGGAGGGUACACCAGUUCAGAGGAGUUUGCGGCUGAUGCACUCCUGGUCUUUGACAACUGCCAGACCUUCAAUGAGGAUGACUCUGAAGUGGGCAAAGCUGGGCACAUCAUGCGACGCUUCUUUGAGAGCCGCUGGGAGGAGUUUUAUCAGGGAAAACAGGCAAAUCUGUGAGGCAAGGGUGGUGGGGAGUCACCUGUGGCUUCUCCCCCUGCCCUCCAAACAAAAAAACCCUGCCAUUCUCACCUGCUGAUGCUGCCCUAGGUCUCGACUCAGGUCAGAGAUACAUCUCUGACAUUUGGCUCUGUCUUGGGCAGCACCCCACGUCCUCUUGUCCCUACACCUCCUCUCCCUUUCCUCCUCUUGCUCCUCAAGUAAGAGGGGCAGUGAUGAGGUCCUUCUGGACUAAAAGCCAAAAGAAAAAGAAAAAAGUUAAUUUUUCCUUUCUGUUUUAUUUCCUAAUUGAAAAUGAGGAGGAGGAAAAAAGUCCCCACUUCCUCCCUGCAGUUUCCCCACCUUCCCUGCCCAUGCCCCAGCACUCUGGGGCUAUUUAACAAUAGCAAUAGUUCUAGUGAAUGUGUGAAACCGAGAAACACUCUGUACUGUGUGUGGACCCGCAGUGACGGCCAGUAAAGUGGACUUAAUUCCCAAGUGUGUCGAGCCGGACACCGGGCCCUGAACAUGCUGCUUCCAUGUUCAGUUCCUCCCCUGCUUCUCACUUUCUAUCUCAAUUUUUCACCUUCCCUCCCACCCCCAUUUUAGAUUUUCUGUCAUCCAAUAAUGUAAAACUAUCGUGUACGGGUUCCUUCAUUUUUUUCCAAGUCUUUUUCCCUUUCAAAGGGAAAAGAGGUUCAUUGGUCCCUGUUUCUGUCUGUCCUCAUCUUCUGCCAAUAGCAUAUCCCUCUGUAAUGUUGGAUACUCCUCACAUGCUGAGUUUCUAGCCUUUCCUGAAACUCGGUAGCUGGGAGAGGGCAGGGAGGCACUGUGGAACCUGGGCCUUGCAGCCUCCUUCCCCCACCUCUUACCCAAACCUCCCUCUUGGGAACUCCUCAGGGACAACUACUGCUGAGUUUGGGCACACCCCAAGAUGGAGGCCAGAUAGCAAUCAACUGGCCUGAGAGGUGUGUGUGUGUGCGUGUGCGUGUGCACGCAUGUGCGUGAGUGCGUGUGUGAGAAUGUGAGAGUGAGAGAGAGGACACUGUUAAUUGUGCCCCUGUAUUGUUUUGAAGGCAUCCGUUCAGUUUCCCCAAAUAUCUGUUUUUAUUCCCACUUUUCCCAUUAUUUCAGACCAUCAUAUUUUUGUCUUUGGAAAACCACAGGAACAGUUUUUCUGGGGACAAGGCUGUCUCCUCUCUCCCAGUCAUUUCUGUUCCAGCCUCUAAACUGUGCAAUCUUUCAGCAGGAACUCCCUCUCCUUUCAGUAGCUUUGAGUCUUAGCUUUUGCAGGGAGAGGGGCAGAACUGGACCUUUCCUAAUCCCAUGAGCUUCUGUGGGUUUAGUUGUGCUUUCCUCCCCUUAUCUACUUCAUACCCCAGGACCCCUUCCCCAGCAGCAGAGACCCUGGAGCACAAGAGAGUAGGGAGGAGGGGUUUGGGGUCCACCACUGCCCUACAUGUGACUAUGCCCAAGCCCCAACAUGUGAGAGGAAAGCUAACUCCCAGCUAUAGCCAUGGGCUCCUGGCCCCCUGCUUUCUUGCUCAGCAGAGCCCCUCCCAUGAGAAAUUACGGGUACUUGCACUGGGGAGGUGGCCGCUGGCUGGCCCAAGCAGAGAGCUAAGGCACCCAGGAAAUGUUCCAUUGGUGGUGUGUGUGUGGGGGGGUCCCAGGUGAGGUGGAGCAUUCCUUGUACUUCUGGCAGCACUGAAUAGCCACUGAGGGGGUCGGGGGGCAGUGUAGGUCCUGGGGCAGCCCCUUUCUUAUUCCUUUAUGCCCCUUCUCCCUCCUAGCCUAUUUCUAAAGUCGCCUUUUCUGUCAGAUAAACCUCAGAAGUUUUAAUUUUAUUUGAGACUUUUCUUUUUGCUUUUAAAUAAGAGGUGGAUUGAAGAAUAUUUGAAUUGACUUUAUAUUAUGCAUAAAUAUUUAUAUUUUAUCUAAAUAACUGCGCUGUAACAAACUUUGUGUUAGUCAAAUGUUUGGAACUGUUGUAGUUGGGGCUCUUCUUUUUCCCCAUGGCAGUUUUCCCCUGGUAUAAAAUGUACUAGGUUAAUAUUAUUGUUGGAGGCAAGGUGGGUGGGAGUGAAAUCUCAAUUGUCCCUACUUUUGUGUUCCUCUCCCAGCUCCAUCUUUCCCUAGGGACCAGGCACUCGGAAGGUGGGGUGGAGUCCUAGCCUCAGUUUGAAGAAGUGUGGGGCUGAGCGGGGUGGGGUAGGGCAUGAUCAAAGGGGCUGUUCUCACUUUUAUUUCUUCAUCUUCACUGCCCCUUGAGCUAGGUGGAUUUUCUUUUCUUCAUAAAUAAGAGUAUUUGGUAGGGAAGGCAGGUUAAAAAAAAGAACCCACCCCCUACCCCUUUGUCUCCCCUCCCCUAUCAGUCUGGUAACAGGAAGAAACCACACCGUCAACACCAACAAGUUUCCGUGUUCCUUUUACAUCAAAAGGGACUUGACUUUUUAUAUAACCAAAUGUGGUGUUUUAGUGACUUUUUGAUAAUGUACAGUUUUUUGUGAAUUUAAAUUUAUUUCUUUCUAUAUUUUUAGGACCAAUCUCAUUUUUAAUAAGGUUAAAAAAAGGGAAAAAAAGUCUAGAGAAAAAAACUCCUGUUUUUGCCAUGUGAUGUUCCACAAGUGCAGCUGUAGAAAAGUGCUUGUCAGUUGAAUAAAAACCACAUUUGAUAGAGAUUCAAAA